AUGGCGCCGCCAAAGAAACAAUCAAAAACCCCGGCCAGCACGAGCAAAGCCAGGAAAGGUGCUGACGAUGUUGACCCUGCUCCUGAGGCUCCUCAGGCUAACGAGCAAUCUGGAAAUGGUGGACUACUCCAGAAGCUCAUCCAUGACGAUCGAAUGGUCACCCAGCUUGACAGUGCAUACCUCGGGAGUGUUGUGGUGGAUAUUCGUGCUCUCUCACAUAAUGAACGUAACCGAGCCAUUGAUGAACGUUUCAUUGAGAAGCUUUCUGAGGCGUUCAAGUGUGGUGUUCGGCGUUUUGCACAGGAGGACCGCUUAAAAGUGACGACUACAAGCAAGAUGUUGGAGACAGUUUUGGCAGAUCAUGUUACAGAAACGACUACGCUCAUGGACCUCCACAAAUCCCUUACCAGAAAAACUAGUGAUCCUAAUGAAUUGAUUCACAUUCAAGUUUUGCCAGAAGGUACCACGUUUGAACUGCGAAAUGGACAGCAUCGGGUUUCAGCUAUGCUCAAGAUCCUUCAAGAGGCCAUUGAACGCGCUGAUGCUGGGGAAGACAUCACACGACCUGAAGUUCAUGACUAUCUGUGGGCCAUCGACCUUUAUGAUGAUGACAAGAUGACAGAGGAUACCCUUGCUGCCCUGAUGGCCAAUCGUGAAGUCAUGCACCAUUCAAACAGUGAUGGCUACAAUGCAGUCCAGAUACUCGGUCGGCUGGAGAGUGUGCCAGAGAAAGAGCGAGGAGAAAUUGUCAGAGGCUCAACUUUCUCUGACUGGGUGCAGACACUCUUUGGUCUGAAUCUCACACACACUGCCCGGAUGGGCUCUGUGAUCAGCCAUGAAGGCUUUCAGCCGUAUGUUUUUCGAUAUGGAAUGACACGAUAUGGAGAACGUCGCUUUACCUGGACCCUCGGAGGAAAAAUGGUUUCAUCAAAACUUGAUUUUAUCUGGUUUCGAGAGUUUGAUAAAUUUCUCGAGUUCACCACAAAGAUCUUCGGGCAUACCGCGCACCUCGUUCGAUGUGAGGACUGGGAGUUAAUCCUCAGUGUUGAGGCUGGUCAGCCAGACUACCCUCUUCGGCUCCUGUUUUAUCCACGCCGUGAGGACUAUUGGUUGAAUAACAAAAAGCGCAAGAAUCCUUGGCCUUUGCCUCCAAAUUAUCGGAAUGAGCAACUCCCGCGACUCUCAAGCCCCUACCAAACCAAUGACUAUCGCUUCGACUGGCGUCGCCCAGGGUUUCUCAAGGAUCUCAGUGAAGAAGAUUACCACUUCAUCUUUUCACGCCUAAUGGAGAAUCGAAAUCUCCCAUGUCCAUGCUGGAAUGAUUGGUGCAACCUGGAAAAAGCAGUUGACAAGGUCAAACGGAUUCUUCGCCACAUAGCUAUAUGGAUUGACCCAGACUGGACAUACCCUGCAGCAGCCUCGCAUGAUCUGAAGGACUUCCAAUGGGACUUGGAGAUCCAAGACCUUCUUUUCGGAGACAAGAAUUUUGAUCGUCCAUUUUCUCUGGAUGCUGACCGUCUUCGGUUAGCUCGUAAUUUCAUCGAUGAGCUUGUGAGACAGGUCCAAACUGACGGCUUCUGGAAGGACCCAAAACUCAAUGACCUACUCAAACCACCCCCUGAUACCCUUGCAAGUGCGUCACACUCAGCUGCAUAUUUUGAGCGUUUCCUCCACCCGAAUUGGGCUGCAAUUAUACAGCAUGUUGUCAAGUCUGCCGGCCCGGUUCUGACCAAUGCGAUGAGCGCGUAUAAUGAUCUGGGUUUUUUAAUCUCCAAUCAGAUGCCAUACUCACCGUGGGGCCCGGUGAUUGGCCGCACGCUUAAACAGAAUCAAGCAGUUUGCCGAACUCCCUCAAUGCUCAACAAAAAUGAGGAGGAAGACUUGGUCCAGCAAGGUGAAAUUUUUGGUGCCCUCUGGCACUACCGAUCCCUCAAAAGCAAGAUGCUGGAAACGAUCAGUUGGGGGCUUAAGGGCGGGAAGAAGCGACCAGAGAAUCUGAUUGGAUGUGAGGCGGAAUAUGAGGCGGCUGUGGUUGUUCUCAAGGACCAGGCACAAGUGCUUGAACGGUACGGCUAUACACACGCAAUCGAUAAUUUUUCCGAAGAUUUGAGUGCAUUUUCUUUGGAUCGUUCAGAACCGGCCGCGAUCACUAUCAAGGAGACUCCUGGCUUCCUAAAAUGUCGGCCGAAGAUGUUCACAAGCCAAGCAGAGGAGAUCCAAGCAAAGAUCAAGGAGCACAACCGAUCUAUUCAGAAGAAUAGUGUGAUCAGACAGUCAGAGACCCAGAAGCGCAAGCGAAAUGAGACAGAGGAUUUAGAACCAGGAGAGGGUGUGGAACCGGAAGAGAACACAGAGGCAACUGACAACGAAAAUUAA